GAAUGUAGCAACAUCUGCCCCUUCCUGUUGCAUGCAGUGAUGUAGUGCGGAGAGAUCCCAGCACUAGGUGAUGCAGAGCCUACUGUGGUCUCGGGUAAGGGCAGUGCUUCCCAAUUGCCUGGAAGAAUUCCCAGCAGAUGUGUGCCCAGAGGUGGAUGCACCUAUAGCCCACUGUGUGAAGGAGGCCGCUACAUGUAUUUAUAAUGGUGACCUGGCACAGUGCAGGCAACUGGGGGAACUUAUUAUGGACUUCAGCUGGGAGAAACUGAAUGGAUGUAACUGGAGGGAUGUUUCUCGGGACUGGAGGACUGCCUACUCUUAUGGCUGCCUGUUUAAGGUAGUGGGCAUAUGUGGCUGUGCAGAGCUGACGCAGAGGCCGGAGGAGGAGGCCCUGCUGGUAUGUGACAUGGCGCUGCUUCUGGGAGCUGAGAUCAUCAAUAAUGUGAUCAGCAGAAUUAUCACCGUACUGAGAGUGGCACACCACUCUGAAGAAUCACAGGAGAAAACAGGUCCCCCGUCUAAGGGACAGAAGAGACCCAUGGAUGAUGCAGCAAAGGAAUGGGAAAUGGUACCAGAAAAUGGCAAAAUCCCAGAGAAAGUUCCUCGCUCUCUCACCCCCAUCCUGAAUGUAGGCACCACUAUUCCAACUCUCCACUGCCCCUCCCUUGAGCAUUUCAGAAAGAACUUCCUGAUCACACAGAAGCCUGUAAUCUUAGAAGGGGUAAUUGACCACUGGCCAUGCAUGAAGAAGUGGAGCGUGGAAUAUAUACAGCAAGUGGCUGGAUGCCGCACUGUGCCCGUGGAGCUGGGAUCCAGAUACACGGAUGCAGAAUGGUCUCAAAAGCUGAUGACAGUGAAUGAGUUCAUUAAUAAAUACAUACUGGAUCAGCACGCUCGCAUGGGAUAUCUGGCCCAACAUCAACUGUUUGAUCAGAUACAUGAACUGAAGGAGGAUAUUGGUAUUCCCGAAUAUUGUUGCCUCGGUGAAGGAGACGAGGAUGACAUCACUAUUAACGCUUGGUUUGGACCAGCUGGGACAGUGUCCCCUCUUCAUCAAGAUCCUCAGCAGAAUUUCCUAGCUCAGAUUGUAGGAAGAAAGUUUAUCCGCUUGUACUCUGUGAAUGAGACCGAACACCUAUACCCGUUUGAUAGUACCCUCCUUCACAACACCAGUCAGGUUGACGUAGAAAAUCCAGACUUGGAGAAGUUCCCUAUGUUUAAGCAAGCAAUCUAUCAAGAGUGCAUCCUGGGUCCUGGACAGAUCUUAUUCAUCCCGAUGAAAUGGUGGCAUUAUAUCCGAGCUCUAGAUAUCAGCUUUUCCGUUAGUUUUUGGUGGUCCUGACGGUGCAGAGUUUUCAUUUUAGGAGUUAUAAAACAAAUUGACAGGACAUCUCUUUG